AUUGGAGAGCUUCUGUGCUUUACACGUAGAAAACAUGUGGGCUUUCACUUGUUUCCUUAUAAUUUUGAUCACUUUCUAAUUUUUAUCAGCUUUUCCAAUUCAAAAUAUGAUUAUUUUCCUAGUUUUCUCAAGACAAAAUCCCACUAUUACCUUCCAAACUCAUUCCUACUUCCCAUCCUUAAUCUGCAUAGAAGGCAGAGCAUAUCAUCUCUGAUGCUCCACCUCACCGAUCUCUCUCUGUUGUCACUUCACAGUUCACAGCAAAACCAACAUUCUUAAUUUAUUUGAUGGAGUUGGCCUAUUCCAUUGCUGCAAGCGUUAUUGACAAGAUAGGUUCCCUUGCUUACCAAGAGAUUUGUUCUGCAUGGGUAAUUUCCAGCGAUCUGAAAAAGCUGGAGCUCACCAUGUCCACGAUCCAAGCCGUGCUGUUGGACGCGGAAGAGAAGCAAGUGAAAAGCCGAGGUCUAAGUGUUUGGUUGGGGCAACUCAAAGAUGUCUUUCAUGAUGCGAUGGAUGUGUUGGAUGAAUUCGAGUGUGAAGCUCUUCGGAGGCAAGUGGUGAAAAUGCAUGGAAGCACUCGUGAAAAGGUACUUGACUCCGUUUCUUAUUCUUUUUUUAACCUGCUUGGCUUCAGUUAUAAGAUGAGUCAGAAAAUCGAGGGCAUAAGAGAGAGUUUAGAAGAGUUAGCAAAGGAUAGAGCUCAAUUUCAUCUUGAGGAACGAUUUGAAGAUCAGCGUAUUGGGGACAGGAAGAGAGAGAUGACCCACUCCUUUGUUCGUGAUUGUGAUGUUAUUGGGAGGGAUGAUGACAAGCAAAAGAUAAUAGAUCUUUUGAUGCACCCAGGUGACAAUUGUAGUGUUUCUGUGAUUUCUAUAGUGGGAAUCGGAGGUCUAGGCAAGACCACACUGGCUCAGUGGGUGUAUAAUGAUAUAAGGAUAGCUAAACAUUUUGACUCUAGAAUAUGGGUGUGUGUGUCAGAAGACUUUAAUGUUUUAACAUUAGCGAAAGAAAUCCUUAAAUCUACAGGUGGUGGAAUUAAACAGAACAUGAGUAUGGAUGAAGUGCAAGUUAAUUUACGAAGUAUUUUAAAGAAAAAAAGAUUUUUCAUUGUUUUGGAUGAUGUCUGGAAUGAGAAUCGUAACAAAUGGUUUAGUCUGAAGAAUUUGUUAAUAGAAGGUGGCCAAGGAAGUAAAAUUCUUGUCACUACACGUAGUCACAAAGUUGCCUCAACGAUGGCUCCUGGACCAAUCCAUGACAUAGAAGGUCUUGUAGAGGAUGAUUGUCUAUCAUUGUUUUUAAGGUGGGCAUUCAAUGAAGGGGAGGAGAAACAAUAUCCAAAUCUUAUAAGGAUUGGAAAAAAAAGGCGAAAAUCACAUUUUGGUCCCUACAUUUUGACCCGAUUCCCGUUUUCGUCCCUAAGUUUUUUUUUUACCGCUUUUAGUCCCUCUCCAGAAAAGCGGUUCCAUUUUAGUCCCUACCGUUACUUCAUAAACGGAUAUGGCUGAUGUGGC